CCGGUUGUAGAGGCGGUACCACCUCCGUACUCGGUAUUCACAACAUGGCAGAAACGAAUGUUGGCUCUUGGAGCCGCCUCCACGGCUUUUUUCUCACCUAUAUCAGCUCAGAUCUACCUACCGGCGUUGACACAGCUAUCGGAUGAGCUCCAUGUUUCUAGCACCCAAAUUAAUCUUACCAUUACGACUUAUAUGAUCUUUCAGGGCAUUACUCCCAUGUUCUUGGGGUCUUUGGCGGACAGUGGCGGAAGACGGCCGGCCUAUAUCAUCUGUUUCGUGAUAUACAUUGGCGCCAACAUUGGUCUUGCUCUCGCUCCCAGCUACGGAGCUAUUCUUGGCCUUCGAUGUCUCCAGUCUGCUGGUUCAAGCACCACCGUGGCACUGUGCAUGGCUGUCGUGGCAGAUAUCAUCACGUCCGCCGAGCGAGGCCAAUACGUCGGCUUUACUGUCGUGCCUAUAGUUCUCGCCCCGGCGCUCGGCCCCAUCAUUGGAGGUGCCCUCUCUCAGACACUCGGAUGGAGGGCCAUCUUUUGGUUCCUGACUAUAUUCGCGGGAGUGACUCUUUUCCUUCUUGCCAUGUUUCUGCCCGAGACUUGCCGUCACAUCGUCGGAGAUGGCUCAAUCUACCCACCACCACUUUACAGAUCAGGGUGGCAGAUCUUAAGAUCACGGCGGAACAAGGAUCGCAAAGCUCCUCCGGCCAAAAAUGCCUUCAAAUUCAAACCACCCAAUAUCCUAGGCUCUCUACUCAUGCUACUGGAGAAGGAGACUGGGCUCCUCCUUGGCACCAGCAGUCUCAUUUUCGCCGGCUUUUACUGCAUUGCCACUGCGAUGCCCACUCUAUUUGCAAACUCGUAUGGAUAUGACGAGAUCAAAGUAGGAUUGAUGUACUUGCCAUUGGCAUUUGGCUCAGUCCUUGCCGCCAUGAUUGUCGGUCCCGGAAUCAACUGGAACUAUAAACGACACUGCCAGAAGCUGGGCAUCCCUCUCGACCGCAGCCGCCAACAAGAUCUUUCCGACUUUCCCAUUGAACGUGUGCGACUGGAGAUUGGACUCCCACUGCUUGGCGUCAGCGGUCUUUCUCUCAUCGGCUGGGGUUGGGCCAUGAACCAAGUGGUCCACGUUUCAGUUCCCUGCAUCGUCAGCUGUCUGAUGGGCAUGGGCAUGAUUGGCUUCAACAACACGUCCAACACGUUGCUCGUCGACCUCCACCCUGGAAAGGCCGGUACUGCUACCGCUGCGAACAACUUCACUCGAUGCCUGGUUGGAGCUGGAGCCAGUGCGGCUAUUGUUCCUCUGAUGAAUGCCAUUGGCGUGGGCUGGUCCUUUACGAUGAUUGGCCUCAUAUAUAUAGUGUGCGCUUUGCCAUUGUGUCUGAUCAUGGCGAGAGGCAUCAAGUGGCGAGCUGAAAAGAAGGCAAAAGAGGAGCGCAAGCAGAAGAAGAAGGAAGAA